GCGUAAAUGACAAGAUGAAUUAAAUGUGAUAGUUCGCUAUUAGUUGCUAUUAUAUAACCUAAAGAUUGCCAUUAUCAAUAUAAUCUACUUUGCUGGUAGACAACGUGACUUUACAUUAUUCUCUUAACAUUCCAAAUAAUAUGGAUGAUCUACAAAGAAAAAUUCAAAUGUACCUUAUGAAAGAAAAUCAAGAGGAUGGGGAAUUAACAUUUCUUACAGCUCGUACGACGAUAGAGAAUACAAUUAAAAUUAAUAAUUUGUGCAAAUCAAUAUCGGAAAUUAUUCUUGCAUCUGAUCUUGUAUUUGAAGGCACCGAAUUAAUGCUAAAUCCAAAAUGUGUAACUGCAUUUAAGUACUUAAUGUUAAACACAAAUUUCACAGUACAAAAACGUCUAGCAGAAGAUAUGGCACAUGGACAUUUAGUUGACAUGUGUCCAACUUUGUCAUCAUAUUUAUUUAUACAAAUUAUCUGGAAAUUAGAAUAUGAAGAUAUUUUGCUUGAAUCUAUUCUUCAUUUACCAUUAGAUUUGUGUAUUGAAAUAAUUGAUAUCACCAAAAGAACUGUUGAAGAACUUGAAUUCGAUCGUGCAGUAAAUAUCAUAUUUCAAUUAAUAAUAAAUAUUUAUAAGAAAUUCAUCUUGAUUGCAAACAAUGGUAGUCAAUCAUCAAAUAUCAUACAGAAUAUUAAUAGUAUGACUGCAUAUUUUCAAGAAUUAUUAUUAUUACUGGACAAUGAGAAGAUUAUUCGUAUGAAGAAAAUUCCAGUUCUAAAGAAAUACCAAAGAUAUGGCUUAUUACUAAGAAGAAUUAUAAAAAUAGUCAAAGAUUGCCUGGAAAACAUCAGAUAUAAUUUAAAAAUAUCCGAGGAUACUGAGAAAAUAUAUAAAAUCACAUUUGGAAGAGAACCUAUAGAGAGAUGUGAUGAUUUAAUUAUUACACAGACUAUAGAUACAAUACAUCAAGAUUUAAUAAAUUUACUUUUAAAGAAAAUCAAAGAGAUAGAUUGCAAUAUAUAUCUAGGAUGGGCAGAAUUAGAUGAUACAGAAAAUCCAACAAUAACAUUGCAAAAAGCCAUUGGAAACGAAUGUUAUUACUUGGUUGAAUUUAUUAAAGCUAAUAAGGAGUUAGCAGAAAACGAACAUUUGAUAGAAUGCUUGCAACAAUUAUCCUCUAAACCGAUUUCUGAAGAGAUUAAUUCUGUUUUAACUUUGGAAGAAUUACGUUAUGGCACGAUACAAGGUAAACAAGAAUGCAUCAAGGAAUUGAUCAGUCGUUACAAAGAAUGGGAUGAAACUAUACUGAAUAGCAUAGAGAUCAAAGAAAUGUGGAAAAAAUCAUUGUUGGACAAACAUGAUUGUUUAAAUUUACUGGAGUACCUCACAUUUGUGCUUAUGCAGGCAGAUAACGAAGACUCUCAACAACGUGUUUACACAUUUGUUACAGAAAUACUGAUUCAGCAAAAUUUGCAAUCCAUUUACUCAAUUAUAGUAGAAUAUAUAACUAAACACGAUGGUAGAAAUUGUUUAGAAUCUUUAUACACAGAAGAAACCUUUAAAGAUUUUAUCACAAGACAUACGAAUAUGAAGUCAUUAAAAACAUUGAAAAUAAUUCUAAUGUUUCUUUUAAAAAGCCCAAAAAAAGUCCUAGGAAUUAUUUUAAGAAUAACAAUUGGUUAUCCCGAAUAUGAAAAUAUUAUGAUAUCAGCUCAGGAUUUCUUACUUUUAUCGCCAAUAAUGAACAUACGAGAGGACUCCAAUGAAACUUUUUUGAUCAGUACAUUAAAAACAAUAUUUUCGGAGAAUGUAGAAUGGAAUAUAAAAAAAUUCAAAGAUCUAUUAUUUCUCAUAGUCGAUAAUAAGAUAUUGACGAUAGAAGACGUAAUAAACAAUAUUCUGGUGUGUUACUUAAAAGAAAACGUAAGUUCAUUACGUAACACACAUUGUAUUCUUACUUGCGCUACGAAAAUAUUAAACGAUAUGCACGAUCAGUGGCUAUGGCAUCAUUUUCUUGAUGGAUUAACAAUAGAAAUAAAGGCACAAAACUUACUUAUCCCUCUUGCACAAAUGAUGUCAUCAACGAGAAAACGAACGGACGUAUCAAAUUAUUUAAUUAAUGACGUGAUCAAAGAAAUAAAUUCUAUAAUUUAUCACAUUUUGGUAUAUUAUACGGAUGAUCUCAAUGUAUCAGUAAUUAAAGCUAUUAUAGAGGAUUUAGAAUGUAUCUUAGAACCGAUAGAAAAGAUACAUUUUGCAUCGCUUUGGCCACCGUCACGAAAUAACUUUGAUCUAUUAGAUAACAUCCACGAUUAUGAGAGACGUUGUUUCUUUAUUUUAAAUAUGAUCAAAAACGAUUCAACGAUAUCAGACGAAUUAAAAAAAUUCUUUUCGAACUUCUAUCUCCUUCAAGAAGAUUUCUUACAUCAUAUGAUUCUACAUUCGACUAGUUUUGAAUAUUUGAUAUUAGCUAAGCAGUACACGGGAGGAAAUAUAUGUAAAACUUUCAAAACCACUAUAAAAGAUCCCUACAACAAUUUUUUAUGUCUCACUAUGGAGGUCUGUUGUUUCAGUUUGGAAUAUCCUUCGCUAUCACCCAAACAUUCCUUUACCUUUGUAUUGAACAAUUCUAUUAAAUUCUUAAAAUUUUAUUUUAAUUAUAAACAAGGUUACUAUAGUAAUGUCCCGAAGUUUUAUCACUCCAUUAUUGAAAAUUUUUAUUUACUCGAUGAAAUUAUAAAACGUUGUUGUUCUCCAUCCUAUUCGUUAUUAUAUACGAAUCUUUUCACAAAUAUAAAAAUUACCAAUGACAUCGACGAAAAUAAAAUUCAAAUAAUAGAAUUAUUGGAUUCGAUCGAACGUUUUACCAAUCAGUGCACGGAAUUCAAUGAGUCACGUGACCAAGAGAGUUUUCAAAACGUACCUUCCACGAAAAUGUCGAGAUUUCGUCUCGUUUAUUUAUUUAUUUCGGCGUGUAUUAAAGUACCAGCGUCAAAAGCUUACGAGUGUAUCACCAUAAUAAAUAAUUUCUUAGCUUCCACAUAAUCUCAUCUCGUUCGCUUUUAUGUCUUCUUUCUAUUGUCUGAAUAUUAUAUAUAUAUAAUGAUAUACGUUCUGUGUGCAGCAUAAAAAAUAUUUAUAUGAAGAUUAUUCGAGGAUAUAAAUAAUCCUUUCGCGAUUAUUAUUAUCGAUAUUUAUAUAUAUUGUAUGUGUGUGUGUCUGAGCGUGAAAUGUAUGAGGUUAGUUUUCAAUUUUUUUUUUUUUUAAUUCAACACAUUGGUGGUUUCGUUAAAAAAAUCAAGAUUAAAAUUGCAAUAUAAUUUGUUUUCAUUCCAUAUUAUAUUUGUGCGAUACUGCCAAAUGCCAUUACAAUGGUUAGUAAUAAAAACAUGUGAAAAAAUUGCGUACAAAGGAAAAAAAUGUGCACUAGUCACACAGAUAUAUAAAAAAUUGAUCAAAUGGGUAGCACUUCUCGAAGGCGAUUUUAUAUACGUAUAUGUGUUUUGUGUAUCUAUAUAUAUUCA